CUGUAUGAGUUGGACAGGGAUCCAAACCGGAAGGAGUUCCUUGAUGAACUGUUUGUGUUUAUGCAGAAACGAGGCACCCCGGUAAACCGUAUCCCCAUCAUGGCUAAGCAGGUGCUGGACCUGUACAUGCUCUACAAGCUGGUGACGGAGAAGGGCGGCCUGGUGGAGGUCAUCAACAACAAGAUCUGGAGAGAGAUCACGAGAGGACUCAACCUGCCCACCUCCAUCACCUCAGCAGCCUUCACUCUCCGCACACAGUAUAUGAAGUACCUGUACCCAUACGAGAGUGAGAAGAAAGGGCUGAGCUCUCCAGGCGAGCUCCAGGCUGCUAUAGACGGUAACCGGAGGGAAGGCCGAAGACACAGCAACAGCCUCCGGUCACAUCGGUCUGCACACCUCCCCCAGCCGGUCACAUCAGUCUGCACACCUCCCCCAGCCGGUCACAUCAGUCUGCACACCUCCCCCAGCCCAUCUCUGAAGAGAUCUGCAGGUGUUUUAGUGGGUUUCUAA